UCGACAUGAAAAAAAUAAAUGAAAAUCUGCAAUGUCAGCACUUUAAUACCUCCACAGAACUCGGUGUUGAACCGAAUCCAAGUCUUUUUUAUUGCUGCAUUAAGAAGUCGAACGCUUUCAUCUCCCGGACGAGCUGCUUUGUGACGUUUGAAGCAGAGCUGGCCAAUCGCAGCGCAGGGGGCGGGGCCUGUAGGAAUACGGGUGUGGGGAAGGGGGGAAAAAAGCUCCGGCGUGCGGAAUGCGGCGCGCUGCUGCUCUGCUGCUGCUGCGCUGCUGCGAAAAAAGAAAGAGGAAAAAGAAAAGCGACCCAGAGAACAUUAGAGAACAUUACCGCACUGCCGAGAACCUCUCCACACCGGGCCGCUCCUCGAACUCGCUCGGGACUCUCCGCCGCUCCUCCGCAGCCGAAGGAUGGAGGGAUCAGCGCUGAUGGAGGGAUAAAGAUAAAUGAUCUGAGAGAAUGCAUCUUUUGACGGUGAUUGAGAAUCCCCCAGCUAACUUGCAAUAGAGGACAGCGGACAACACUGAAGUUGGAGGUUCCUUUGUAGGCUUCCAGAAGCCAUCAGUACAACUCCACUACACAAAUGUGCACUUUUCCAAAAAGGCAGCUAAUAAAUCUUACCUUGAAUUAGCUCCAGAUAUCAUUAUGACAGAAAUCAAGGACACAACCAGCCGCCACUUGAGGCAUAAGCUCCAGAGUCUGGGGCGGCGCCUGGAUGAGCUUGAGGAGGCCACAAGUAAACUUCACAAGGCUGAGGAUGAGCUUUUGGACCUCCAAGACAAGAUCAUCCAAGCUGAGGGCAGUAAUUCCUCCUUGCUUGGGGAUGUCGAGGCACUUCGGAAGAGAGUACUCAAAAUUGAAGGCAAGGAUGAGGAGGUGAGAAAAGCAGAAGACCUUUGUCGUUUGGUAAAGGAGAAGCUGGAAGCAGAGGAGAACCUGACUAAGGAGCUUAAAGCAGAGAUAGAGCGUCUUCAGCGCAGAAUGACUGAACUUGAGAAGCUGGAAGAGGCGUUUGGGAAGAGCAAGUCGGACUGCACCCAGCUCUGUCUCAGCCUUAAUGAGGAAAAGAACCUCACCAAGAAGCUUUCAUCUGAACUGGAAGCCCUGAAGGCCCGAGUGAGGGAGGUGGACUCCUCUGAGGCCCGUUUGAACAGGGCAGAGCAGGCUCUGACAGCUGAGAUGGAGAAACUGAAAGCCCUAACUCAGACGUUUGUGAAUGAGCGCAAAAGACUCCUGGAAAAGCAAAGAGAGGAUGAAAAGAUCAUUCUUAAACUGACCGAGAAACUUGAACGGCAGAAAAGCAAAUUGGGCUCAUCAGACCACAGUUUCAACGAGUCCCGGGAUAUCCGGAUUGAAGAUGACUUCUCAGCGGGACUGACUAGCAAACUGGCAAGGAAGAAGAGCCUGGACUACCUUAAGCUCUCGGAUGAUGUUGGCCUGAGGAACAAAUCAGAGAAUGAGAAAAACAGCCUAGAGGGGCACGAGGACAAUAAGAUCAAAGACCUUACGCAGGAAAUAGAGAAGCUGAAAAGCCGUCUCAAGCAACUGGAGAUAGUGGAGGAGGACCUGAAAAUCUCAGAAUCCAAGAAUGCUGACCUGGCCGAAAAGUUUCAGCAGGAGAGAAGCCGUAGCCAAGCGCUGAAUGACCAGCUUGAGCAGCUGAAGAUGCAACUUUUCAGCAGCAGUAGUAAUGGAAAUCUUGCAGUUUCCAUUACUCCCCAGCAAAAAGUCCUAGAGAAUGGCAAGGCCGAGAACGAGGAGAUAAAUGUACGAGGUGGUUUCAGGCAAGAGAAGCCGAAGUACAGGAGUGCCGUCACUGAGCCAAGUACCUCAAAGAGCAAAACCAGAGAUACUUCUCCACAGCAGCGAAAAUUGAAGAGUAAAGACAUCAGCCAUUCCGUGGAGAACUCCCCCAAGACUCCACGGAGGGCCUUAAGUCCUGCCCACAAGUUCAAGAAACCUGGGUUGAAAACUGGGUCUUCAAAUACUGCUGACAAUGGAUUAAAAGAUAGUAAGGGUAUUGAAGAGAAGCUUGGAAGUACCAUUCAGGCCAGCUCUGUUAGUGAUAAUAAGAAAGUUUCCGUCCUCAGCCGUUACCCUCCUGCUGCCAAUGACCAAAAGCCAGGGAAAGUGUCUGCCAAGCCAGCCGACAGCGAAAGCAAGAAGAGUAGAGUUGAGAAAUUCUCCAGGUUGUAUGCUGGGAGUGACAGUGAAUCAAACAAUUCUGAUGUUGUUGUGAGUAGCUCAAAUAAGAAUGUUUGUGCGCCUCCACCUGAAAAAGACAGAGCCAUUGAGCCAGAGUAUUUAGAUUCUUCACAGGAGGCAACUGCAGUGUUGAGUUUGUCCCAGGCAAAUGGAUCUUACACUGCAUACAGAUCCCAUGUAACCCCAUCAGCUCCUAGUGAUCAUGGAUCUGAGGGACACUCCUCAGCCUCAGAAUCAGAAUCCACUGUUUCAAAGCGUUCCACGAGUGACACAGCUUCUGUAACGUCUGCUUUAAGCAGCAGAACAACCAGCUCUAAGUAUCCCAGGUACUCACGACUGCAGGAAUCACAUUCCGGUGGAUCUUCUACAAGAAGCUCUUAUGACGAAGAACAGCAUAGGGCUCUAAUGACAGAAAGUGGAUCUCAGGAGACUGCUCAGGCUUCCUCUGGAAUUGAGAUCCAGCGAACCUGCAGCCCACGGGAGGCCCUGCGAUCUAAAGCAGUUAUCAAGCCAGCAAUCGUAGAGUAUGACCGCAAGGAGAUGAUGAUAUCAGGAGGGAGCACAGAACCGCUGUCUACCAAUGGGAAACCCAAGAUCUCCACCAAGAUGACCAGCAGUAUCACUUUCUACCCUAAUGACCCGAGCUCUUCUCGGACCAGCAGUCGAAGCAGCAGUAUCUCAAGUGACCCCUCAUCUAAGGAGCGGCACACCUCUACCAGCAAUAUUGUUAUUGGGCCAAGCCCGGACCUCCGAGGUAGCAUCUCCGUCCCCUAUGAAAUAUCCAUUCCCAAGAGUGAGAUCACAAUGCAGCCUGGUGAGGAAGACUGUGAUAACUCAGAUCCUCCCAGUGUCUUAGAGAUGGCUCGUGUAGAGACGACCAUCCUGUCCCGAAGCAGCUUCAGUGUUCAGUCACCAGAAAUGGUGUCUGAUGUCAACAGCACAGAGUCAGGGUUUGAGAGCAACAGUAAUAGUAGCACCACCACGACAGUCACCAGCUGGAGAAGCCUCAGCAACAACCACUACUCAUCCCAGGACGACAGUGUACCAGAAAUGAGGAAUGUGACUGUAAGGAGUGCUUGGAGGAAUCGAGGAGCAGCUUCUGUGGACGAUCUUGGACGGGGACCAAGAAGGGAUGGUUCUGACGAUGAAUUGGAGUCUGCCACAACAUGGAGAGCAUACAGAGCUACCACAGUCCUGGAUGCAGAAGAAUCCGCAGUAUCCCCUAAUGUCUCCACACGAGGUGUAAAACAAAGUCCAGCAGAGGUUUACAUGCGCAGGAUUAGCAGUGGAAAUACAACUAAAGAUGUUCUAGGGUCUGUGCAUAAGAGCAAGAGUGUUGUGUCACAACUAGAUAGUGGCCUUCAGAGAUGUAUUCCUCAUGAGCCUGUCACAGCACAGCAGCUGCAGCCAAGGAGCCGUAGACAACCAAACGCUGUGUGUGAUGGUGAAGCCUCUGUGAGCUCCUGGAGGAAGCAAAGUGAGCUGGAUUCAUCUGGAGGUCGAUCACCAUGGGCCAGCAGGGGGCGCCACUGGAACAGCCGGAACCAUGAUAACUGACCCUCUGCUACACACCGCCAAAAAACAGAUGCUGCUCAGGCUGAGCAUCAUCUCAACCGUCACACACACCUACAGCUCUGCGGCUUCAGAGGACCCUUGAAGUCUUACCUGGCUAACACCUGACCUGACCUGCCCCAGCUCAUCCCACACCUGAUAUCAGCUGGCUUUGGCUACUCUUACACUUGGCCUAUCCUGGAUCUGGCUCCUCCUGCACCUGACCUUGCGUGACCGGGCCUCACCUCUUGGCUCCUUCUAUACUCAACCUUGACUCUUCUCACUCCUGCCCUCACUGGACUCCCACCUGGCUCUGACUCCCCCUCUCACCUGGCUCUGGCUCCUCCCCAAAAUUGCUGCUUCUUUUUUGAUGACAGUUCCCUUGCUGCCACUGGCUGUUUCCUUCCUCACCUCUGAUCUGAUGAGUGUGAAUGGAAUGGUUCUGAACAGAGGGAUGGCAGGGAUGGUGAGGGUCUCCAGAUGGCGCUAGAGGGAUUUUAUUUUCUAGCACAUUCUGGAUGUCUAAGCUUUGGGUUCACUUGUCACAGCUAAAGACAGCAAGGAGCAAAUUAUGAUUUUUUUUUUUUUUUUUUUUUCCUGAGAUGAAACGUUUUUUUUCAUUCUUUUUGCUUUUUAAUACUCAGUUUAGGGGUUAAAUGGAUCAUCAAUCAUCACUCACAUAUUGACAGUGCACAGCCGCUUUGCACACGCUCAGUAUCUGACAGAAAAAGAAUAAAACACUCCCUCUGCAUGCUGGUAAAUUUUCUCUGUCCAUAUCCAUUUAUAUGACCAUAUGGCCAUCUUUCCGUAUUAAUUCUGUCUGUAUUAGCCUUCCGAGUGUCAAGUCGAACGUUUCUCUCAGUUUCAUUCUUUGAUUAUCAGUCAUUUUGCUCCUUGUGUUGACCUUGUUGAAACUGGGUAUGCACACCAGCAAACGGCCACCAGCACAGUAAUCGCAUGCAACCAGCUCUUCAUUAUGGGAGAGGGGAAAAGCUUUAGCAGUGCCAUUAGAGAGACUUUGUUAUGAUCACGGUCAGAUCAUCUGUAACAAACUGGACAAUAAAAGCAUCUGUAAGGGUUGGACACUCUUGAGUGCAACCUGUAACUCAACUUUUGCAAGCUUUGCACAGACGGACAAACUGACAGAACUGGCCAGUGUGAGAGCAUAGAAAAGGUUUUAUUCCCAGCGAAAUUGACUGGAUUUGCAGCGCGAAUCGACUCCGAGACGGACCUGCACGCUCCCCUGCAGGAAACGCAUUACCUACGAUGAUGCGCUGUAGAAAUGCUAGCAUUAGCGACCAGCCUGCGUUCGUACACUACCUGCUGACAGUCUGACAGUGAAGGCUCCGCCUCCGGACACUGUGAUUGGAUAAAAGUGCUUCAGUAUUGCAGCCGUGGCUGCGAUCAGACACGCCACGUUAGCAUGUUUGCUCGAUCAAAUGGGAAUGAGCACUGAACCUCCAGCAGCUUAGGGCUUCUUUCUUUUUAAAUAGAGGAUAUUUCCGUACAAUAAAUGCUGUUAUGUACAUAUGUAAUAAUUGCAAUGGGGGAGGGUCCAGUAUAACUGACCUAAGUUCAUCCCACAAGGGCAUCCUGUCACGGCUACUGUUGUGACCAGCCUUACAGAAAAAUCCCAUUGAAGCUAAUGAGAAACUCGGUUACCUACAUUUAGUCAAUUAUUCAUUCAGCCUUAUGUGAAACUGUAGAACAGACUCAGUUUAUAUCACAAUACCUACAUUUAGAGUCUGUUAUCCAUUCUUCUCAGUAGGUUCUACAGUUUCUCAUUAGGCUGAAUGGGAGUUUUCCAGUGUUCUGUAAAACUUGCCCAACCUCACAACAGUAGCCAUGAUGGAACACAUUUGUGGGCAGAGCCUGUAGAGGGGAUAUGUCCAAUCCUGGAAAUCUCUGUCCAGAAUUCACUGGAAGUUGGUGUACAUCACUGUCUUAAGAAAACUCAUACAAUAAAAUCAACGUGCAGAACAUGACGGCUUCAUGACGAAUGGGCUGAUAGAAAUAGUCCAAAUUUGCUUAAAAUAAAGUGGUUACAUUACAGCUAAGAAACAUAUCUGUCACGCUUCAACUUUAAAGAAGUUUUCCUUACGACAGCGAUGUCUGAUCUACGGUUAUGCUGAUGCUCAGAUGCUGUGAGCACCAGUCUCUCUGAAUAUUACUGGAUUAUUUUUUUUUAUUAUUAUUAUUUUUUUUUUAAUUGCGCCCAUCCUGGGGCAGUUUUGUGGUCAUAUCUGGUCAUUUGCGCUUCCCUGUGGUCAGCGUCUUCCACUCUGUCACUGUUUACUGUCUUCCAGCUUCUGCUGUGUAACCUUAAAGUGAGUCACGUUCUUGGUUUCAUUUAUAAACUCCAUCUUUUAUCGCACUUGAACCUUUCCUAAAGUGAGCCGAUGGAGUCCUCUCCUGACUCGCCUUGUUUUUUCAGAUGAAAGCUAAUGUUGCGAGCAACAAAUGAACAUGAAUGGCCAGCAGUUAGCAUGAUGCGUCAUGCUAAUCAUGCUAAAUUACUACCUUUCAGCCAUGUUAGCAUGUUUGCUAAACUUUGCGUCCUGGUCUGCAAAGGCCGUAUCCCACAAUGCACCAGAGCCAUUUUCUUAGCUGCACUGUACUUGAUUUAUGGUCUCCAGGUUGCUGAAAGGUCAGAGGCCAAACCUGAACCCAGCUGCGUACAUGUUUUUGACUUGAGAGGUUAUAAAUACUUAUAACCCUGUUUUAGGGGGAGCGGGAUCUUUUGGGAAAGAGAGGGAGGGAGAGGGAGAUAAAUAUGGGCGAGUCUCCACGCUGCAUGUGUGAGCUUGUCAGGAUGGUGUAUGCUAACGCUAACACUAACAACUGCAGCCAAGUAGGCUGAAGUGCGCUGGCUAAAUCUCUACAGGAAUGUUUCAUCUGCUGCCCACUUUUGGUCAGAAGAAAGGGAGGUUCUGUAAAGCAAGCAGUAGAAAAUAGCCACCAGAAGUGUGCAUUAGCAUUAUAGCGCUAAUCCUGCACUAUACCACCCAAAUUCCCCUUUAAAGCCUUAAUCUCUGGAACUCUUCUAUCAUUACGGCUGACUCAGCACCCUCAGCGUCAGCGUUCGUGCGACUGACCUGAGAAAAGAGCUUUCUGUUGAACGGCUGGAGCGAAGAUGUGAAACUGUGUGCUAAUGCUGUGGGUGCUAAUCUCAUGUCUGUCAGAGAUUUAGUGGUUUUUAAUCUAAAUGAUCAUUAAAACUGCAGGUUUAUGUAGAGGAAAACAGUAUCAGAUUACAAUUACUGGAAAACCGAACGUAACAGUCCUGAAAUGUAGUUGUUUGGUUACAGCCACGCUUAUUUAUAACACGGUCAACCCUAAAGGAAGAGUUCAGACAGAAAUGCUAAUGUUAAGCUAACAGUGGAUGACAGAAAAGGGGCUACUAGCUUGUGUUUAGCCAUGUUAGCAUGUUUGGUUGGGCUCUCCUUUCAGUUCUGACCUGAGUAGACUAUUAAACUGACCCCCGUCCCCAGACUCAAACCCCCUGACUAAGAAGUUACCACCAUCUACUUUGUGUUGUGCAACAUCUGCUGUAUUUUACAGAUUGGCCUUCAACAGUGCUCACUAAACUGGACAUUGCUCUGGCCCCCUGGGAUGGCUGCAUGCUUUAUGAGGUCAACAGUGUGACCUUUGGACCUCAACCAAGGAUCUAGCUGCAGUAUGGAUUCUGUUCUCUUUGUUUUGCUCAGAUAAUCAUCUCCAAACUGAAAUUUGUUUCAGGAGGCAGAACGUCCUGAGAAACAUCAAAAAACAGCUUCCACAGCUGGAACAAGCAAGUUUAUUGGCAUUUCAUAAAGAGCAGUUUAAGGUCAGGCCGUUUUGGACAGCUUGGGGUGAGUGGAAGGUUAAAAAUGUUAGCACCUCUGCUAAACCUCCUCAUAUAAGCCUUCAAAAGGUUGAAUAUUGGGGAGCGCUAAUGACCAGAAGCCAGAAUCUGCAAAGGAAUAGCUCAAACAAACAUGCGAACAUAGCUGGCCACCGGUUAGCGUUAGCAUAUCGUUAGAAUAAUGCCAAACUGGUGUCUGUUUACAUUAAUUUGUCUCUAGCGAUGUUAGCAUUUUUGACUGAACUGUUUUCUUUAGCACUUAGUACACAAUCCAGCCCCGUUUACGCUGACAGAUUUAAUCCCGUCACGUUAUAUUGUGGUUCUUUUUCAAGAUUGAGUGAAUGUACGGCCCUCCGAGAUAAAUGUAUGUAUGUAUAUAUGUACAUGUGGGGAUUUUUCUUUGUAUCGGCCAAAAUGAAAUGAAUGAAAAGAGCGCGUAACGUAACGUUUAUCAUCCCUUUUUUUUUUUUUUUUUUUUUUUUACUUCUCCUUUCUGCUUUUGGUGCCUCAGCCUUUUAUAAUCGUGCCAAAAUCAUUCCAAGGUGGGUUGUUUUUGUUUAGUUUUUUCAGUUUACAGCGAACAAAAAGAGCUGUGGUCAGCAGGGCAGGACGUUAAAGGGUAAAUACUGAAAAAAAAAUUCUCUUCCAUGCUGGCCUUCCUUUUCUGCCAGUGUAUUUUUUUUAAGAAAGGAAAAAAGUAAGAUGUCUUAUUUUCAAUGCUUGUAUUGGAUAAAUUUUAUUUAAAAAAUAUCUUGUAAUUUUGUAAAGUGGGCCUUGUUAAGAUCUUUAGUUUUAUUCCUUUUUAUUUUUUUUUCUUUCCUUUUUUUCCUUUUUCUAAGGAUAGUAUGUAUCUCUGUCAUAAGCUCCUGGAGAGUUACUUUAUGAUAAUUAAUUUCUUUAAUUUCUUUACUCAUUUUAAACAGGAUGAAUGGCUUCACAUGGCGAUGUUGUUUAUGUAUGCCAGUCAUGCAUUAGCAAAACGGCACUAAUCCACCAGCUAGUUUUUGGGUAAAAAGGUGUAAAAAUUGGUGGUUUAGCGUUUAAAUGACCCGCCUGACCUCAUUUAGGUGUGCUUCAGGUUCAGAACUGCUGUUUCUCACUCUUAAACGUCUCCUCUAUUACUGUUGAUGCUGAACACGAGAAUGCUGCCAAAGACCGGCCGAGAGCCGCACAUAUCCACACACACACACACACACACACACACACACACACACA